AUGGGGAACAGUACAGUGGUGACUGAGUUCAUCCUGGUGGGUCUAAUGCAUGCUCCAGAACUGCAGACCCCACUCUUUAUCUUGUUCACCCUUAUUUACCUCAUCACUCUGCUUGGGAACCUGGGGAUGAUUGGGUUGAUUCUCUUGGACUCUCGUCUCCACACUCCCAUGUAUUUUUUCCUCAGCAACCUCUCUCUGGUGGACUUAGGUUACUCCUCAGCUGUUACUCCUAAGGUCAUGGCUGGGUUCCUUAUAAGAGACAAUGUCAUCUCCUACAAUGCGUGUGCUGCUCAAAUGUUCUUUUUUGUGUCCUUUGCCACCGUAGAAAACUUCCUGUUGGCUACAAUGGCCUAUGACCGCUAUGCAGCAGUGUGUAAGCCCUUACAUUACACAGCCACCAUGACGACCAGUGUAUAUACACGUCUGGCCAUGGGCUCCUAUGUCUAUGGUUUCCUGAAUGGCUGCUUCCAUGUUGGGGACAUAUUCAGUUUCUCAUUAUGCAGGUCCAAUAUGAUCCAGCACUUUUUCUGUGAUGUUCCAGCAGUCAUGGCUCUCUCUUGCUCUGAUAAACACAUUAGUGAGAUGGUUCUUGUUUUCAUGUCAACCUUCAAUGUCUUUUUUGCUCUUGUGGUUAUCUUGAUUUCCUAUCUGUUAAUAUUUAUCACCAUCUUGAAGAUGCACUCAGCUCAGGGACACCAAAAAGCUUUGUCCACCUGUGCUACCCACCUCACUGCAGUCUCCAUCUUCUACGGAACAGUCAUCUUCAUGUACCUACAGCCCAGCUCUAGUCAUUCCAUGGACACAGAUCAAAUGGCAUCGGUGUUCUAUGCCAUCAUCAUCCCCAUGCUGAACCCUGUGGUCUACAGCCUGAGGAACAAGGAGGCCAAGAAUGCAUGCAAGAAGGUUAUGGAGAAGGCAAAAUUGACUCUAGGAUUGAGAUCUUAG